AUGGCAGAACCUGUGGUGGUCCAAGGCCAAGAAGUGAACUAUGGCAGUGCUACCAAUGUCCAGCACCAUGAGCAACAGGCAAAAUGUCAAGAUCCCCUAUUUGCUCCUCUCUUUUACGUUGACAUCAUUGCGAUUGUAGCAGUGGCCAUCCUCCGCGGCGAAGGUGCCUUGAACAAUCAAUACUUUUCGGAAGAAUAUCAAGGAUACUAUUAUUCUGCCCUUCUUGGUGGUGUGGUGGGGUUGAUCCUGUCCGGCCUCGGACUCCAAGUCAUGAUGUGUAUUCCGGAAACCCUCAUCAAGGCAUCACUCAUUUUCACUGUGAUCAUGUCGGCAUUCGUGAUGGUUGUGGCUUUCCUGAAUUCGAAUUGGUUUGCAGCCAUUUUGGGAGUUCUAUUCUUCCUGUUGACCUGCUGUUACGCGUAUUGCGUAUGGUCGAGAAUCCCUUUUGCGACCAUCAAUCUCGUCACAGCCAUUACAGCAGUCAAGGCCAACUGCGGAAUCACGGUUGCUGCUUAUAUCUUUACCAUCAUUGCUUGUUUCUGGUCCUUUAUCUGGGCCAUUGCCAUGCUGGGAGUUUUCGAUUCUGCCUACACGUGUACUAACUACGAAACUAGAACCGGUUGUACUGUUUCAGGUUCAGGGUAUGGAUAUCUGUUUCUCCUGUUCUUGGCAUACUUCUUCGGUCAUCAAGUCUUUCAGAACACAAUCCACGUUACCAUUGCUGGUGUGGUUGCUACUUGGUGGAUUGCGCCAGAUGAAGCCAGUUCUUGUUGUUCCUCGGCCAUCUGGGAUAGCUUGAAGCGAUCCUUGACCACCAGUUUUGGUUCGAUUUGUUUUGGGUCGCUAUUGGUGGCCAUUAUCCAAGCCUUGCGAGCGUUGGCCAAUACCGCCCGGUCUCAGGAUGAUGGAAUACUCCUUUGUCUCGCUGAGUGCAUUCUGGCUUGUAUCCAAGGUUUGAUUGAAUACUUCAACAAGUGGGCAUUCAUCUAUGUUGGCGUUUAUGGCAUGGGCUACUGUGAAUCUGGAUCCAACGUGAUGCAGUUGUUCGCCAACCGUGGUUGGGAAUCGAUUAUUGCCGAUGAUUUAGUUGGAAACACGCUGUUUCUGGUCAGUCUCGUGGUUGGUGGUCUGACGGGAGCUUUGGGUAUCCUAAUAGAGUGGUUGGCUGGUUGGAUCGACGAAGAUAAUCCGGGAGAUUCGAAAUUGAUGGCGUUUGGUUUGGGCUUUAUCAUUGGUGUGGUAUUGUGCAGUAUCCUGAUGAGUGUCAUUGCCAGUUCUGUGAAUGCUGUCUUGGUGCUGUUUGCCGAAAAGCCUGCUGAGUUUCAACAAAACCACCCUGACUUAUCGGCAAGGAUGAGGCAAAUUUGGUCGGAAAUCUACCCCGGAAGUGUUUAG